AUGAACGCCCUACUCUUCGUUUUAAUUGCAUCGCUGUGCGGUCUUUCUAAUGCCCUUGCUCUUCCCGUCGUUUCUCGAUCCGCGCAGGAAUCGCGGUCCCCUUGGCAGAGACCAUCCAUCCUCGCUGAGCGAUCUAUGAAAGUGUACGGCUUCCUGGCUGAUGCCGGAAAUGACAAUGUGGUGAAUUUCCAAGACACGGUGUAUGCGACGAACAUGACCCUGGGUGGUCAGACUUUCCUCGUCCAACUGGACACCGGUUCCGCGGAUUUGUGGGUUCAACUGCCGACUGGACAGAUACAGUACAGUAAUGUUACGAAUAUCAAUGCUACUGAGACGUACGGCAAGGGCGCGGUCGCCGGCCCUAUUGCCCUCGCUAGUGCUUCCAUCGGCCCCCACACUGUACCUAACCAAGCCUUUAUCAACUCGACCAACGCUACAGACUUCGACACCAUCUUUAACUACGAUGUUCGGGGUAUCAUUGGUCUCGGCUUUGAUCAGGAUUCGACCGUGGACAUCGACAUCUUGGAAAGUUUCGGCACGAACACGACAGCGGGGUCACCGUUUCUGUACCAGAUCUUCCUGCAGAACACCAGCGCUCCCCCAGUGUUCACCGUCCUUCUCGGACGUGCAGCGGACCAGAAGACGACGACCGAGGGAAUCUUCACGAUUGCGGAAUACGACCCCCAAUACGCCAGCGUUGUUGACCAGCCGCAGCUCCCGCGCUACCCGAACUCACAGGACAUCAAUACGCCGAACAGGUGGUCCGUCAUCAUGGACGGCAUGUCCGUGAACGGCAACCCAUACGCUUUCAACACCUCUGGCGUGCCUGGCGUUCCUGAGGGUUCCGUCGUUGCGGUCCUAGAUACCGGCUUCUCGUUCCCGCCGCUCCCCAAGACAGCCGUGGACUUCAUCUACAGCAGCAUCCAGGGAGCUACCUUUGACAACACCAGCGGUCUGUGGAUUGUCCCUUGCGAGAACGCGACCACCGUGGAGUUCACCUUCGGAAACAAAACUGUGCCAAUCCACCCGUUGGAUUUGACGACUAUCACGCAGCUCAACAACCAGACGGUUUGUGUGAACACCUUCCGGCCGACCACCUUCCCCAUAAACCCGCAGUUUGAUGUCAUCAUGGGCGAUGCCUUCCUGAAGAACGCCUACGUGUCCUUCAACUUCGGUGAUUUCGUCAAUAAUCACUCAGCCAUUCCUUUCGUCCAGAUACUUCCGACAACGGAUUUGGGUUCUGCGUUUGCUGAGUUCAACCAAGCUCGCAAAGUUGAAUUCUCUGCUGCGCAAGCAUCGGCGUCUGCGUUGGCCUCCCCGUCAGCGUCUGUCCCUGUGUCAGAUUCCGCAUCCGCAUCCGAGUCGACAUCCAUGCCCGCGGCCGUCUCAGCGACUCCUUCCGUCCCUGCCUGCUCGGCACCUGUUUCUGCCUCAGCGACGUCGGUUCCCACCGACUCAUCUUCGCCGUCCAGCAUGCCUGCGCCCUCGUCGGCGUCUUACCCCGGCUGGUCGAGCUACGGUCCUUCCUCGUCUAUUCCCACAGACUCCGACACGUCUUCUCCCUCCGCCACCCCCACUUCAUGUUCCGGAGAUUCCAGCGUUGAUCUCUCUUGUUCUGCCUCCCCUUCUUCUACUUCAGCGCCCGGCUCUGACCCUAGCAGCCCCUCUGGCCCCUCUGAUCCCAGCACACCGACCACCCCAACGGCUCCUAGCACUCCCACGGAUCCUAGCUCCCCGUCCAGCUCUCCGUCAGACCCGAGCGCUGGUCCCAGCUCUUCCGCAGGUCCAUCAGAUCCUAGCUCCACGUCGGAUCCUAGCUCUCCGUCAGACCCGAGCACUCGUCCCAGCUCUUCUGCAGGCCCGUCUGACCCAAGCUCUGUUCCUACCUCUUCCUCAGGCCCGUCUGACCCGAGCUCUGGUUCCACCACACCCUCAGACCUCAGCAGUGGUUCUGACAACAGCGACACGCCUAUGGGCCUGACUCCCGACAUGGGUUUCAACCCUGGCUCCAUGCCCGGCGACAAGCGCACCUGGGCGCGGCGCGAGAUGCAGUACCUGGCGCGCAGGCAACGUGCGACGCAGCCCGUCCCGGCGCGCAAGCCUAUUACCGCGAUCCCCGUCAUCAGCUUCGUGCCCGUGCUGGAGAUGUACGGUGCCAUCGUUGUAUCCCUCAUCUGCGGAGCGGUCGUUGUGUCGCUCGUGAUGUUCGCUGUGGGCAUCGUGCUCGUGGUGCGGUCGUGGUCUCGUUCGCAGUCGCUGAGCAUGGCUCAGUACUCGGUUGCUAGAGCGAAGGGACAAACUGAGGCAGAUCCGGAGGCGGAUUGUCUCUCAUCACCACACUACUAUUAUGACGACUGUUGA